CGCCGUUCGGAUCAUUCACUUCCAGCCCGACUAUCCUCGAAUCACCUGUUGCUGGAUCCACCAGCAACCCUCACCGUCGAAAUCCAGGCACCCGCAAGCCGAAAGACACACGCAUUGAGCUUCCUGUCUGUCUUUUUCUUUCAUUUUCUCCGGUGAAAAGAUGACAGUACUAGCGAAGGCAACCGUCCUUGUGGUCCUGCUUGUCGAGGUGACGAUUGGCGCGGAAGCUUUGCAAGACAUACCCGAAUUCCUGCACAUUUGCCAAGUUCAGCAACCACAAUACGAAACAUGUGUCACCAACAGUAUAAAUGAUUUGAAGCCAUAUCUUAAGGUGGGCGUACCAGAAUAUCAUAUCCCUUCUCUGGAACCUCUUAAGUUGAAGACAAUAUCAGCUUCUCCAUCUAAUAGUUUGACAAUGCAUGCAAACGAUAUCAAUGUGUACGGUGCCAGCAAUUUUGAAAUUAAUAAAAUAAAAAUGGACCUUACCAAUAUCGUCUUUAAUGUGGAUGUGGCAUUGUCUAAUAUUGCUAUUGACGGGAAAUAUGAAGUCGACGGCAAGAUAUUGUUACUUCCUAUUCACGGAUCUGGUCCACUAAGUGGCAACUUUUCUGAGUGCAUAGGCGCAUGCAAGAUCAAGGGCGAAAGGUUCUUUGACGAGAACGGCGUAGAAAAAAUUCGCAUAAUAGACUUUAGGAUGAAAAUCUCAGUGGGAAAAGGCUCGAUAAAGUUGGACAAUCUGUUUGACGGCGAACAGGUACUCGGGGAUGUUGUGAAUUCGGCCAUCAACAACAACUUCCAACUCUUUAUGAGGGAAUUCUCGCCACUGUUAGAAAUGGCGCUCUCUGACGCGUUUCAAGACAUUGCCGACAAAAUUAUCCAGCAGUUCUCGUUUUCUCAACUCUUCCCCGGCGCAUAAAUCUAUCUCGAGGGAUCGUGAUCGAGGGCGGACUGGAAAACAGUGAUUAAAUUUGAAAAUCUGUAAUAUAUGUAAACGCGAUAGAAGGAAUUAGGGAAAUUCUGCGUUACUUUUCUCUACAUUGAAUCCUUUUUUGCAUGGAUACACCUAAGAUUUGCAUCGCUAACACUUAAGACAUUAUUAGCGCAUUUAAUUUCGACGUAACCAGAAUUCGAAUCUGGCAAGAAAUAAUGAAAAAUUCUCAAAAUCAUCACACACAAAACGAUUCUGACAAACACUUGUUAUAUUAAUAAUUGAUGAUCUUGAUGAAUCUAAUUUAGAGCCUCCCGAUAUAAAUUCACGAAAUUUAUUUAUUUAAUCGCGUAAUAUUAUUUUAAAAUGGCACGAAGCGGCUAUUUGUGAAAUGCUAAAAGAAAAAUGACAUUAGAAAAUAUCAGAAUAAAAAAUGUAUCUUCGGAAAUAUUUGAAUUAUACAAAAAUUUCACGAGAAAGGAACUUUUUACACAAUUAUACUAAGGAAACAAUUUUAUAUAAUUCAAUAUAUCUAGAUGUUUAUUUUGGAUUUUAUUGUUGUCAAAUACGAAAAUGAUUUAAGUUGCUAAAAUGAGCACUUAGAUUUAGACAGAGAAUAAUUGAAAGUAUAAAAUAUUUUUCUGCAAUAGUUCUAACAAUAGUAUACUGUACAGCAAAACUUUUGCUUCUAUUCAUUCUGGUUUAUAUUUCCUUAUCGACAAGUAAAAUAAUUCUGAAUGAAACUGUGAAAAUACAGCUUAUCGAUAUAUAA